UUCUUCUUCCUCUCUCUCUCUCUCUCUCUCUCUCUCUCUCUUAAUUUUGGUAUUUCUUUUCCUUCCCUCCCUCUCUGUGUGCGUCUUUCUUCUAUGAAACAUCUUAGCUGCCGGAAUCUACAUUUUCUUGCAUGCUCACCUUCUAAUCUGGCCUGAUUUUGCGACAUUUCAUUUUCUUUUUCAUGGUGGGUCGAUAGAGAGAACGAAAAUAUACAGGGGACUUCAUCAUGGAUUUCUACAGUCUGAAGCGAAAGGAACUUCAGGCUCUCUGCAAGAAGCACGAUCUGCCUGCGAAUUUCACCAAUUUGAAAAUGGCAGAGAGCCUCACAGCUCUUCUUCACGUGAAACCUAGAAGCACGAGCAAUUCAGGCUCUGGGGUUGAAGGCGAUAGUGGUGAGCAAAUUCUUAAAAAAUGCUUGAGAGAUUCUGAUAAUGCUGAGAAAAGGGUGGCGAAGAGGGUUCGAUUUUCUCAAGAUGAAGAUACCAAUAGCGAUCCAACAACGCCUGAAAAUUGCGGAAAGUCAGAGACAAUCUCAAAUAAAAAUAAUUCACAAGGGAAGAAAAGGCCAACCCCAAAACGGUUGAGAAGAGGGAAAACAUCUCUGGAUAGAACCACUCAUGGCAGUAAAGAGGGGGAGGAAAAUAAGGGAGAGAUACAAGAAAUUCCUGAAGUUUCGAUUAGGGUUACAAGGUUUCGUGCUAUGAAGAUGCCUGAGACAAUAAGCCAAGAUGAGCAGGCCACCCCUCUUCCUCAGAAUAAGGGGAAAAUAUCAAAGAAGUCAAAGACAGAGAAAGUGGAGAAGAAUGUUGAGGUAAAUGAAAAAUUCCCGUAUGUUACUGAAUUUUACGAUGAUGAUGAAACUGCGGGAUCAGACAAGGAUGAAAUUGCCAAAAAGAAUGGCCGGAGCCAUGCUGGAAAGGCACUAAGAUCUCUGAGAAAUAAGAACAUUAUCACACCGAUCAAAUCAAAUGGAGAAGGUGAACAGAAUGAUGGUAGGAAAACCCAAACUCUUCCUGGAAAAGUUCUUAGAUCUUUGAGAAACAGGGAUAUUUCCUGUCCAGAAAACACUCGUAUAGAGGAAGAAAUUGAAGGGAAGAAAAUCCUGAUUCUCCCUGAAGAUGUUCUUAGCUCGUUGAGGAGAAAGGAUCAGGAGGAUGAAGCUCCCAGACAAUCAACACAUUUUGGAUUAAGAAACAAGAAAUCCAUUUCGGCAAUGGAGGAAAUAACAAUUGAAGAAGCUGGAUAUGUACCUCGGAGGAAAAGUGGAAGGGGACACAAAGAUAGAGAUUUAGAGCAACCCAAGAUUACAGAGGCCAAUGUUUCAGUUAAAGUGGGAGAACACGCUGAAAUGGAAAUUCAAUCAAAGGAUCAGAGAAAGGGAACUGAAGCUUUAAGGCGAUCAAAAAGAGCUUUGAGAGAACAUGGUCCCUUAUCUGCAAUUGAAGAUACUGAACCUUUAAAGCAACCCAAGAACAUAGAGGCCCAUGUUUCAGUUAAUGUGGAGGAGGAGACCGAACGCCAAAUUCAAUCAAAUGAUCAGAAAAAGGGAACCAAAGCUUUAAGGCGGUCAAAACGAACUGUUUUGAGAGACCAUGGUACCAUCUCUGCAACUGAUGACACUAAAGCUUCAAUGCAACCCAAAGAGGCCCAUGUUUCAGUUGAUGUGGGGGAAGAAACUGAAACUGAAAUUCAAUCAAAGGAUCAGGUAAAGGGAACCAAAACUUCAAGGCGGUCAAGGCGAACUGUUUUGAGCGGCUAUGAUUCCAUUUCUGCAACUGAAGAUAAUGUAGCUUUAAAGCAACCCAAGAAUACAGAGGCCCACGUUGCAGUUAAUGUGGGGGAAGAGACUGAAACUGAAAUUCAAUCAAAGGAUCAGAGGAAGGGAACGAAAGCUUUAAGGCGGUCAAUACGAACUGUUUUGAGAGACCAUGGCUCCAUCUCUGCAACUGAAGAUUCAAAGCAACCCAAAAACGCAGAGGCCCAUCUUUCAGUUGAUGUAGGGGAAGAAAUUGAAACUGAAAUUCAAUCAAAGGAUCAGAAAAAGAGAACCAAAACUUCAAGGUUGUCAAGGCGAACUAUUUUGAGAGGCCAUGAUUCCAUCUCAGCAACUGACCUUACUGUAGCUUUAAAGCAACCCAAGGACACAGAGGCCCAUGUUGCUGUUAACGUGGAGGAAGAGAACGAAACUGAAAUUCAGUCGAAGAAUCAGAAAAGGGGAAGCAAAGCCUUAAGGCGGUCAAGACGAACUGUUUUGAGAGACCAUGAUUCCAUCUCUACAACUGAAGAUACUGAAGCUUCAAGGCAAGCCAUGAACACAGAGGCCCAUGUUAAAUGUACCAAAAUGUUAAGGCAGUCAAAACAAACUGCUUUGAGAGGCCAUGGUUCCAUCUCUGCAACUGAAGAUACUGAAGCUAAAAAGGGAAGUGAAGUUUUAAGGAGGUCCAGACGCACUGGACUUAAAGACCAGGCUUCUGUUACUGUCACCGAAGAGAAAGAAAUCCAAUCUGAAGUGGAAUCGCAGAAGAGUGAUGCGUUCUUUGUAGCUGAAGAGGCCAGAAAUGAACCUAAGAGAAGUCGACAAACAAAACCAGAAAAAUCUGGUCAGGUUAGAAGAACAGUAAAAGCAAUGAUGGAGAAUGAUAUUAAGGCCAAAAAUGCUUACGGUUCACUGGGGACUAAUGUUCUUGAUGUGGAGUUUGAAGGCUGUGAUGAAAGUACAGCUUUCACUGAAGAGCUUAUGAAGUCAAGAGACAGGGCUUUAUUAGAAGAGGGGCAUGGUCUUCUUGAAUUAGAAAAUACUUCUGUGCCCACUGAUGAAAAUGUUACAGAGCCUUCAACAAAAGUUCAAACUGAAGGUGAAAGUAAAGUGCUUGAAUUUUAUGAUUCACAAGAUGAACUUUUGGAGUGGGAAGAACUAGUAGAAGGGGCUUCGAUGCCAGAAGAUGCUCUACAAAAUAUUUCAAAGGAGUAUGCAGAUGACACAAAAGGUAGUAGUGAAGUUGUUCGUGACAUGCACUCUAAAGCUACUGAAGCAGUUGGUGAGUUAAAUGAUACCACUAAAAUCGUUGCUGAGAUCCAUACUGAGGAAACUACAGAUCUGGAAGUGGGUGAUACCAAGGACAUGCACUCUAAAGCUAGUGAAGUUGUUGGGAUAAUGGAGGACAAUACAGAUGUUGCAUUGAUUUCUGGAUUAUGUAGUCGAGAGACUGGGUCAAGUUACGAAAAUGAAGUACAGUCUCAUACCGAUAGAGAAGCCUGUGGUAUUUCCGAAUCUGUGAAAAUGAGUGAAGUUUCUGAGGAAAAACAAGUUUCUAAGACAUUUAUAAAUAAUUCUGAAAGGGAAGAUUGUGAAGAAGUAACCAUGGUAAGUAAUAACACAGGUACUGUUUCGGAAGAAAUUCAAAAGCUUGAAUUUGAAGUUGCCAAAGAAUAUGAAGAGAAAGUUGGUUCUCAAACAGUCUUAGGUCAUCUUAAAUGUGAAGCUGCCAAAGGAUCUUCAGGAGUGAGAGAAACCCAUCGGCUGGUUGAAAGCACCAACGACGUUUCAGCAGUGAAAGAGACCCAGGCAAUAGUUUCCCCUUAUUUUUUUAGAGGGAAUGUACUGGAGAAUCUUGAAGAAGCUUCAGGAGCACUGGAAAGGCUUAAAGAAACUGGUUUGGAUGGUGAUGUUUGUCAAGAAGAUUCAGAGUUCGGGCAAAUUAGAGAGGCAGUUUCUGAGCCUGAAGAAGGUAAGCCAUUUGCAUCAAGCAAGUUUGAAGCCCAUGUUUCUCAACUAAGUGAAGAAGGCAUGGAUGUUUCUGAGAGCUUGCCUGAAGAAUUUGGGUUCUCUGUAGCAAAAGUUAAGGAUGAAUCUGUUUCUCUGAUCAACGAAAAGGUGACUGAAGAGCUUGCUUGUGAUAGACCAGAUGAUCCAGGCAAACCUCCUCUUGAUCUUUUGGAUAUUAUUGGUGAGGCAGACUUUAGCGAAGCAUGCAACAAAGCAUGUGCAGGGGUCAAGGAGGAUGGCACCCCUACAAUAGUGGAUUCUAGAUCAAGCUUUACUGUUAUCGAGAUCAAUAAUGAGGAGACUGGAGAUUCAGAAGGGUAUCAAGUUUUUAAUGCCAUGGGUGAAAACCAAGAGGUAAUGGAGGACAAUGUGGGUGUUUCUGGAUUGGUCAUGGGAGAGACUGGGUUGACGCAUAGAAAUAACAAACGGUUUCAAACAGAAAGACAAGUGUCUGGUAUUUCUGAAUUUGUAGAAGAAUCAGAGGCGAAACAAAAUUUGGAGAUUGUUUUAAAAAAGACUGGAACUGAGGAUGGCAAAGAAGUUGCCACGAUGAAUAAUACUAUAGAGAGAAUAUCACAAGAAGCUCACAGUCUUGGUUUUGAAAAUGUUGAAGAGUAUGAAAUGAAAGCUAUCUCUGAAACUGUAUCAGAGGAUCAUGAAUUUGGAGGUAGGAAAGAAGACGAGGCAGAAGUCGAUUUUAAGACUAUCCUGGAGCAGCUAGAGUAUGGAAGUACCAAAGAAGCUUCUGGAGUGAUAGUAACCCAUGUAAUAGCUGAAAGCGGCAAUGGAGCUUUAAAAGUGAAAGAGACCCAUGAAACAAUUUCUGGAGGGCUAGGCCUCAAUGAAACUGCUUUGGAUGAAAAUAAUUUCAUAGACGAAGAUUCAGAGUUUGAGAAAUUCAAAAAAGUUGGUCCCAUGCCUGAAGAACUUGGGCCAAUUAUUUCAGGGGAGUUGGAAGCCAAGGAUUCAAAAGAAUGUGAAGAGAGUGUCAAUGUUUUGGGGAGACUGCCUGAAAAUUUUGCAAUUUCUGCAGCAAAAGUUAAGGAUGAGUCUAUUUCAAGUAUCAACAAUGUGGAUACUGAAGAGCUUACUUGUGAGAGAUCAGAGGAUCUAGGCAAACUAAUGUGCAAUCUUCUGAAUGUAUCUGAUGAAACGUUGUCUAUUGAAGCACACAACAAAGGAGUGAGGGAUAAUGAUGAAGAAAUCUUAGCUUCUGAUAUUGCUGAAGUUAAAAACUUCAAUAAGCAGAUAGGGGAUGCAUUAUUCACUGGAAAUGCCUCAAAAUUAGAAACAUUACCUAAUAAGUUGCCUGGGAUUGUUUCAGAAGAAUGUAAUUCUGAUGCUUAUGAAGAAUGUGUUGGAGAAAACCAUUCUUUUAUGAUUAUUUCGAAGGAGAUCAAAACUCAAAACUUUGAGAGAAGAUUGUCACUCAAUGAUCUUUCCAAUAUUGGUGCAGGAAAUCUCAGCCCUAAGUGUCAUGAUGAUCCUGACUCUAGUUGUUUUGCUCAAAUUGAAGAGGGAGAAGGGAUUGCUCAAUCUGAAUCGGAGGAGCUUGAUUGUGAGUGUGGUGAAAAAGAUAAAAUGACCCACUUACAUGGUGGCAACGAAUUUGCAGAACUGGAAGAAAACAGAAACGUAGUGGGUGAAGAUUCUCAAACUCUUUUGCAGGAGCAAUAUUUUGGUGAUCUUGGACAUGAUGCAGAACAAAGAGAAACUUUGGAAUCUACUUUGAGUGAGCUUGUUUCAUGUCAAGAUGGUGAGGGCUCUGAAGAAAAGAGAGAAACCACUGAAGUAGUUGCAGAAGAGACCAAGGAGGUGAAUCUAGAAGAGGAUACUGAAGAAGAAGAUGAAUGUGAUGAUGGUGAUGAAGCAUCUUCUGAUUAUGUUUCCAAAGAAACAGGAUCCAAAACUUCCUUGAAAGACCUUCAAUGUGAGGAUGAAGAAGAGGCUGUAGAUAUCGCUGCUGAAAUAGAUAAACAAGAGGCCAAAAAUAUCUUGGAGAACAAAAACCUUGACGACACUGAAAAAAUUGCAAAAGGAAAAGAAAAUUUUGAACCUUCUUUUGGUGAACUGGGAUCCGAGACAGUCUUAGCAAUGUUCUGCCGUGAAGGUGGUGUAAAAACUACAGAAGGAGAGGAAGCUACUGUAACAGUUGUAGAAGCUCAAGAAAUGGGAGCAAGCAUUGAAAUAGAUGCAAGGGAGCUCCAGAGUGUGUCCGAGGAGCCACCGCUGGAGGAUCCUGAACAAGCAGAAGAGGAAGAAGAAGAAGCUAGUGAAUCUGUUUCAGAAGAACUAGGAUACCAUAUUUUCUCAGAAGAGCUUCACUGUGUGGAAGGGGCUGAAGCAGGCACUGUUGGAGAAACCAAUGAAGUAGUAAUCAAUGUGUUUCAAAGUUUUCUUGAGAAACAAAAUAUUCGUCCUGAGCAAGUUGCACCAGCAAAACAAAGCUUUGAAUCUAUUUUGAGAGAACAAGGAUCCAAGGCUCUCUCUCUAAAGAGUGAGGAUGGAGAAGCUGCCAAUUUUGAACAAACCACUGAAAUAGUAGUCAUGGAUGGGUCUCAAAUCAUUCUGGAGAACCAAAAUGUUGAGAGCUCCAAACAGAUUGAAGAAGGAAAAGAAAGCCUUGUAUUUCCUUCAGGAAAACUAGUAUCUGAGGCUUUAACUGGCAAGCUCCACUUUGAUGGCGGUGAAGAAGCUGCAGAUAUAAAAGAAACAUUUGAAACAACAAUGGAAAACCUCCAACCUGAGUCUAAUAAACCAACUGGUGACUACCGUGAACACAUUGCCAAGGAAAAAGAUGCUAUUCCCUCGAUUUUGGAAAAAGACAUCCAAUUUGAGGUUAACAAAGCCGCAGAAGCAGAGGAACUACACGGUCGGCGUGCUUCAGUAACCAUGUCUGAUUUCACCAAAGGUGCAGAGGUUGAAGAAAUUGCAGAAACGUCUUUGGAAGCUAAUUUCAUUGAAGAUGUCAUAGAUUCUGGAGAGGAUAAUAGGGCAGUUUUCGAGCAGAAAGGGAACAUUUCAACUCUGAUGGAGGUCGAUUUGAAAUACAAAGAGGAGAUCAGAGUUGCUGAAGAGAAUUUUGAAGCUCUUCCCCCUGUUGGUUUUGAGAAGAGCACAUCUCCCUUGCCUGUCAAUGGAGUGUUAAAAGAAGAAGAGCAAGGAGUGGAUGAAUCCAAGGCAGAAGCAAAUGGUGUAUCAGAACCUCAAAGUUCAGCUUGUGAGCCUAUCAAAGUCGAAGGUGUGAUGUUGGGGUUGCUUUCAGAUAACAACUAUAAUGGAAUUCAAGAAAAAGAGAGAGAAAUUUCCAAAAUAGAGGGUGAAAGGGAAAAACUAGAAGCGGAUUUCUCUGGUUUUGGCAUGGAAGCUCUCUCUGUUUUUGCUGAAGCUCCUCAUGAUAAGGAGAUAUAUGAGGAUGAAUCUAAUGGAGGAGUUACUACAUCAGAAGCAAAAAGUUCACACUCUAGGCUUUCAAAACCUGAACUGUCGAUGACCUCUGAAUUGUGUUCAGGGAACUUUGAAGGAAUUCCAGAAACGCUGAGAGAAAAGUCAGAAACUUUAAUUUACAAAAUGACAGCUGAAGAAGAAGAAGAAGAAGAUGCAGAGUUAUUUAACUACAUGCGUAAUUUAUUCACAGAAGUAGAAGAAGACCAAUCCCGAAACCGAACCCUAGAUCCUUCAGAAAGUGAAGGUAACCUGCCACCAAGUAGAGGAUUCCACAAAGCUUUUGAAAUGGAGUACAUUUGCAGGUUGUUGCAGGCGACACAUAUCUCAGUUCCCAUGGUUGAGCUUUCUUGCGGAAAUGAGAUACUCACAACCCUAGAUUUUAGAACUUCACUUGAAACCACAAAAUUCAAAAGUCCUCCAUUAAAGGUGAGGGAGGGGCCUGUGAUGAAAGAGAAUAGGCCAUCAUGGAGCAGAGGAGCAAAGAUGAGUGGGCUGAAGCCAGAGAAUGCAAGGACAGAAGUGAAGACGAGGCAUGCUUUGGGGGAGUUGCAGACAAACCAGAAUACUUUGCUUGGGGUGAAUUUCUCUCUCUAGGUUUUGAUAUUUUGGCUUGAAUUGGAGUGAGACUCUCUCCUUCUAGGUUUUCAUGUUUCUAAGAUGCAAACGAUUGACUGUGCUCUCUGUUUGUUGAAGAGCAAGUUAACGGUGUUUUUAAAUGAAGAACUCCUGCUGUAUUCUGUGAA